GGCGUGCGGCGAUGACGGAGGCGGAAGUGGGUCGGGGAGGAUGUAGCGGGGCUGACAGCGGCUGCGGUGGCGACGCUGCCGCCAUCUCCCCGCCCCUGCGGCCGGCCGGCUCCGCCAUGGAGGUUCAAGAUGCUGGGCAAGAGAUGGUGGCGUCUUCUGUCACACCAGGAUCAGGCAAAUCAAAGCUGGACACAUUGCCCAAAGAAGAUCUCAUCAAGUUUGCAAAAAAGCAAGUGAUGCUUAUGCAGAAAGUAAAGUCAAGAUGUACAGAACUAGAGAAAGAGAUUGAAGAACUCAGAUCUAAAGCAGCUGCUGGAGGAGCUGAUGAUAUUAUUCAGGCUCUCACAGAAAGACUGGAUGUUGUGCUUCUGGAAAAAGCUGAGAGUCAGCAGCAGUGUGUAGCUCUGAAAAAAGAAAAUAUUCAAAGAAAGCAAGAAGCAGAGGCUGCCGUGGCUAAGACAGAAGAACUGCAGAAGCAAUUGGAGCAAUCAAGUAUUGACUCUCAGAAAGAAAUAAAGUCUCUGAAGAGUGAAUUGGCAAAUGCACAAUGCAAACACAAUGAGGACUUAACAAAGCUGAAAAUGGAGUUAGAGGAACAAGUGAAGAAACAAAUGGAGCUGGUGGAACAGAUUGAAUGUCAUAGUGAUAGUCAAAAAGAAGUUAAAAGAUUACAAGAUGAUGUCCAAAGAAUUAAAUCUACUUAUGAGGAGCAAAUUUUGUGUCUGAGCAAGCAGUUGGAAACUGUGAAUGAAGACAAAAACAAAGAAGUGACAAAUCUGCAAGAAACUAUUAAAAGCAACUCUCAAUGUUACCAUAAUGAAAUCAAAAAUCUGAAUGAAGAGCUUAAAAAAUUAAAAAUUGCCCAUCAGGAAGAGGUGUCAGAGUUGAUGCAUCAGAUUGAAAUAUCAUCUAAAGAAAAUGAAGAAAAGCAAAAUCAGAUAAAUCAGUUGCAGCACAAUUUGGCAGAGGAGAGCUUAAUAAAAGAGAAAAAUGCGAAGGAUGAAAUGUGUGCAUGUGCUAACCAGCAUGAAGAUGACUUGGAGCAGCUGAGAGAAGUCUUAAAUAAGAGUGUAGAAAACAAGAUAGAUGUUGUAGAUACACAAGAAGAACCUUGUGUAGAAGCAAAAAUGGAAGAAAAGGUUAGGCACCUGGAGUAUAGUUUAGCAGAGCUCCAGUCCCAACAUAGCAUACUAAAAGAUGAGUUAACUUACAUGAGUAAUGUCAAGCUAAAACUGGAAGAGGAAAUCCAUCGCAUAAAGGAUGAGUACUUCCACGAGCGGGAAGACUUGGACUUUAAGAUAAAUGAAUUGCAGCUUACUAAAGAAGAUUACUGUUGUGUAAUCGAAAAACUAAAAUUGGAGCUUCAAGCAGCAAGACAGCAUUGUGAAACCGCUGUAAAAGAGCAUAAGUUAGAGACUCAAGCUCUGAAAGAGCAACACAAGAGAGAAAUUUCUGAACUAAAUGAAACUUUAUUAUGUGGUUCUGAAAAAGAAAAAAUGACAUUAGUUUUUGAAAUGCAGGAACUUAGAGAACAACUUGAAAAGGUAACUCAGGAAAAAGAAGAAGCGGUGUCCAAUUACAAUAGCCUAAGAGAAACAAUGGAAACUCUACAAACUGAGCUAGGGGAAUCUGCUGGAAAGAUCAGCCAGGAGUUUGAAUCAAUGAGACAACAGCAAGCUUCUGAUGUCAGUGAACUGCAACAGAAACUCCGAGCUGCUUUUAAUGAAAAGGAUGUUCUUCUUGAAACUGUGAAUCGCCUCCAGGAAGAAACGAAAAAAUUGUCAUCUAAUCAGCUAGAAAUAGAAGAACUUAAAUGUAAAAUUGUUAGUCUCCAGGAGGAGAAUAGCACAAUAACAAGUUCCAUUGACCAAAAAGAGACUGCUGUGAAAGAACUGGAAGAGAAGAUCAGUGCUCUUACUGAUCAAAACAAGGAUAUUUUAAAUGAAGUAAAAUGCUUGGUUGAAGAAAGAGAAACCCUUCAGGAAACAUGCAAGCAAGAACAUAGACAAGUGCAGGAACUUCAGCAAGAAGUAGAUGUUGCUAACCAGUACAAUAGCGACCUGAAGAAAAAAGUGGAGGAUUUAACAGAGAGACUGAACGAAGCUUUAACUAGGAAGAGUGAAAACGCUCAAAUGCUAGAGCAACUGGAAAACCAGAUUGGAUCUCUAGUGCGUGAAAAAGAGAACCUUUCAUCUGAAGCAUGUACUCUUCGUGAGGAAAAUAAGAAAAUCCUUCAGGAAAAAGGUGAAUUAAGUGAAGAGCUCGAAAAGAUUACAUCUGAAAAAGGUGGUUGGUUAGUGUUGAAAGAGCAGUCUGAAAACUUAGAAAAGAAACUACAGAUGGUGACUGCAGAAAAAGACCAAAUAUCAACAUUACUUGAAAGUGAACAAGUGCACAGAUCCCUUGUAAGAGCUCAGCUGUACCACUUACUUGAGCAAGUUGGGUUCAGCGUUUCAGAUUCUGAUGGGGAAUAUGAUUCUGUUAACUUGUUACACAUUGUGAAUGAAUGCUUGGCAAAAAUGAAAGAAGAGCAAUGUCUUGCUUUACAGAAUGAGGAGAAAAUUCAUCAUUUGCAGCAGGAAGUUGAGAGACUAGAGGAAGAAAAUGCAGCUCAAUAUACAGAACAUAGAUCCCUGAUUGAGGAUUUUGAAAAAGAAAAGGCUCUCUUGAGAGAAGAAUUGGAAGGAGCAUUGUCUGAAAAAGAAGCACUUCAACAUGAUAUCCAGGAGCUGAAGAAUGCCAGUGAAAAAUCAAGGACUGAAAAUCAAGAUCCUUUAGCUAAUAUUGAAGAGAUCACUCAAAAACUUGCUUUUUAUGAAAGUCAAAUACAACAACAGCAAAAAGGAUCAGAAAAACAAGACGACUUAAAUUUCAUUCUGGAACAAAAGGAAGCUGAACUUAGAAAUGUGAAAGACGAACUGAGUUCUCUAAAGACUUUAAUGGAGACAGUGACUGAGAAAACUGAUCAACAGUCUUCAGUAGCAGAGCUUCAAGAAAAAAUUGGAAGACUGGAAAAAGAAGCUGCAGACAAAGGAGAGAAGCUAAAUAAAAUUAAGGUGGUUGCUGUAAAAGCAAAGAAAGAAUUAGAUGCCAGUCGAAAAGAGAUGCAGGCACUGAAGGAAGAAUUGGAGUUGGUUCGAUCAGAAAAAGAUCAGUUGUCUGCUUCAAUGAAAGAUGUCAUUCAAGGAGCUGAAAGCUAUAAGAAUCUUUUGAUGGAAUACGAUAAGCAAGGAGAACAGCUGGAUUCUGAAAAAAGCAGAGCAAGUAAUCUUGAACAUCAGAUAGAUGACCUUACAAGACAGCUACAGGUGUCAUCCCAGCAGCAUGAUCAGUUACAGUCUGCUAAUGAAGACCUCCUGGCUCGUGUUGAAACACUGCAACAUAAUGCUAAGCUGCUGGAAGCUCAGAUACUGGAGGUACAAAGAGCCAAGGCAAAGGCUGACAAAGAACUAGAAGCCGAAAAGCUUCUAAAAGAACAGAAAACAAAGGAACAUAGUGGUGCUCUCCGAGAAAUGGAGGAGCUUCAGAUGCAACUUCAGAAGGAAAAGAAACAGCUGCAGAAAACUAUGCAAGAACUAGAGCUGGCCAGAAAGGAUGCUCAAAAGAGUACACUGAUGGAUAUGGAAAUAGCUGAUUAUGAAAGGCUGGUAAAAGAACUUAAUCAGAAGAUUACUGAUAAAGACAGUAGAAUAGAAGAUCUCGAGCAAGAGACGGGGAUUCAGAAACAGAAGCAAGAGACCCUACAGGAAGAAAUAAAGUCCCUUCAGUCAACUAUGCAACAGGAUGAGGAAAGAAAUGCCAAGAUAAAACAGCUCCUGGUGAAAACCAAAAAAGAACUGGCUGAUUCAAAACAAGCUGAAAAUGACCAUCUAAUGCUGCAGGCAUCAUUAAAAGGGGAACUGGAAGCCAGUCAACAACAAGUGGAAGCCUAUAAGAUUCAAGUGGCUGUACUAACAUCAGAAAAGCAUAAAGUUCAGGAACACCUGCGAACUUCUUCAGAACAACACCAGCGUACAUUGAGUGCUUACCAGCAAAAAAUAGCAACCUUGCAAGAAGAGUGCAGAGCAGCACAGGCGGAACAAGCAUCUGUUACUUCUGAAUUCGAGAGCUACAAAGUCCGUGUUCAUAAUGUUCUAAAACAGCAAAAGAAUAAAUCUGCUUCUCAGCCUGAAUCUGAGGGAGCCAAACAAGAAAGAGAACAGUUGGAAAUGGUGAUAGAUCAACUUAAAGUGAAGCUGCAAGAUGCUCAGCAUAAUUCACAGAUGAAUGCGUCUGAACUCCAGGCGUUGCAGUCUGAACACGACACCCUGCUGGAAAGACACAAUAAGAUGCUACAAGAGACUGUUGCAAAAGAGGCAGAACUCCGUGAAAAGCUUUGCACAAUACAAUCUGAGAACAUGGUCAUGAAAACAGAGCAUGCCCAGACUUUAAGUCAGCUGACAGCCCAGAACGAAGCUCUCCGUAACAAUUUCAGAGAUCAAGUCAGGAACCUGCAAGAAGAGCACAGGAAGACAGUAGAGACACUUCAGCAGCAACUGUCCAGAGUAGAAGCUCAGCUUUUCCAACUCAGGAAUGAACCAAGCACUAGAGGUCCAGCUGUUUCAAAUCCAGCAACGAAGAACUUAAGAGAACGACGAAACACUGACCUUCCUGUUCUCGAUGUGCACACUAUAGCUAGGGAAGAGGGAGAAGGCAUGGAAACAACGGACACAGAGUCUGUCUCUUCAGCCAGCACCUACGUACCAUCCCUAGAACAACUUCUGAACUCCCCGGAAGCAAAACUUGAACCAUCCCAGUGGCAAACAGAACUGACCAAGGAUGAACUGAUGCAGAAACUGAACACAACAGCGAAGAGUGCCGAUCAUUUGAAUGAAUUACUACGGGAAUCAGAAGCAACCAAUGCAAUUCUCAUGGAACAAAUAAAGCUUCUUAAGAAUGAAAUAAGAAGGUUGGAAAGAAAUCAAGAGAGAGAAAAGUCUGUGGCUAAUCUAGAAUACUUAAAGAAUGUUCUACUUCAGUUCAUAUUUCUAAAAUCAGGAAGCGAGAAAGAAAGGCUGCUCCCAGUAAUAGACACCAUGUUGCAGCUCAGCCCUGAAGAGAAGGGGAAGCUAGUUGCAAUUGCCCAAGGUGAGGAGGAGAGUACCUCACGGCCUUCUGGGUGGGCUUCAUACCUCCACAGCUGGUCAGGGCUUCGAUGAGACAGUGGAAACGCUGAAUCUUUAAACACAUUCCACCGCUGCAAAAAGAGAAAUCUUAAUGUAGAAGAACAAUCUGUUGGUGUUGUAGUAUUGAACUACAGGUUUUUAUUUCUGUGUGUUAUUUUCAGCUUUUUAGGUUCCGAAAGAGACUGUCCUAUAUUAUGCUCUGACAGCAGUGAACUAUUUGUCUUGUAAAUGUUAAAGCUGAUGAUCAGAAAGAUAAUAAGUGACAAAUUACUUGUAAAUUGCUUGGCCACAGAAUUUGACAAACCUAUGAUGGCUCUCUUGAUACGGAUUUUAAAAACUUGAUCUAAUAUAGUAACUGGAAUAACUAGACUUUAGACUUCUGGAGCGUUUACAGUUUCUUUCACAUAUUUUUAUCAGCUUGCUAAUUUAUAUGGUUAGUGUUACUCCCUGCACAUUGAAGAAAUUAAGAUGGAUUACUUCCUCUCUGUUGAUGCUUACAAAGUGUAAGAUCAUUAAGAAACAAAAAUGGCAUUUUCUGCUUUGACUUGACUCAAUUUUUAGUCUUGGUUAUAUUUUUUAUUAUUAUUAUUAUUUUUGCAAAAGCUGGAUGGAAAAUAUGAAGGCAACGGUCCAUAAAACGUAGAGGGUGCCUAAAACUAUAUGAAAUAGAAUGCUUGGCAUAUCCAGGGCAUGGUACUGUAGUAGAGAUUAAUGGCAUCUAUGGAAGUCUUGGGAUAGUAGUCCAAGAAUUAGAGGUCACAAGUGAGCGUAAGCUUUGGGAGAAAAGGCUUCAGCUAUGGCUUUUUACCCUGAGGUUGGAAGUUUGUGUUUGAGACCAGGAAGAAAUGUUUCAUUACUGUAGUGAUGUCUGUGCUUAGAUGAAAAGACUACUCAUGCUGACUUAGUCAUAUUGAAGACACUAAAGGAAGAAUCUGAGUCCGUAGGUCAGACUCAUAACAAUAACUUCUGAGAGAAAAGGACAGAGCUUUUGUCAAUAGAUGCAUCUUUUAAAUGUUCUAAUGAUUGAAGAUGUUAUACCCUUCUCUCACUUCUCUGUGUUUGCACAUGUCAUUUGCGCAAAUCUUUUGCACAGAUGAGAUAAUCUCUGUUCCAGGUUAUUCAACAGAACGUUUGGUUUUCUUCAAGAAAAAUAAAACUUUGACAUAGAAUUACUACUACUAUUGAUCAACACAGCACCUUUUUUUUAGCUUCAGUCUUAUUUUCCCCUUUAGUUCAUGCUGACUUUCACCAUCUUAAUUUAUUUGUAAGUUAUUAAAAUGCGUACACAUGUUUUUAAACCCUGCUUACCUUUCAAACAGAGUCUUUACAUCUCUUUCACUCAUAUUUUCAUGCUCUUUGUGCUGGUUUGCAGAGGAUCAUUCCCUGAUAUACAUACCAAUACUAAAUAGUAUUCUUCCUUUCCUAUCUAGCUUAGUUGAGGCCGUGAGGAAAUGAUGCUCAUUCCUUUAAUAUUGCCUUAUUUGGGGCUGAGAUUAAUAUGGACAUAAGAACAGCAGAAAGGCAGCACAUAUUGAGAAUAAACUGUUCAGUAACUGUGCUUUCAGUUUUAUUUUUUGCUGCUUGUGUAUAUUUCAGUACACAACCAACAAAGCCAACAGGCUUUACUUUAAUUCCUUUCCACAGCCUUAAGCACCUUUUUUUUGUUGUUGUUGUUGGUUGGUUGUUGGGGGGUUUUUUUCCCCCCUUUUUCUUCCCCCUCUACAAUAUGUGUUUUAACUGGAAUCUUUAUGGUUUGUGCUACCAGUGAAAACAUUCUCUCUGAACUUUCAGAUCACUGAACUGAUAAAUGGUAGUAUGGUGAUGAGUCUCUUAGGGGUCUGUAGCUUGGAAAUGUAGAUAGCAAACAUGAGGAUACAGUUAGGCUUUCUUGCAUUUCCUUUUGAAACAAUUGCCAUAUCUCUAACAUUCACAAUUUGCUCCAGAUCUUGGAUGUUGAAUUCUAACUCCUUAUACACAGCUGGAUUUGGUUAAUAUUACUCAAAAGAAUGCCAAAACAGAGCAACAGGAGAGAUUUGAAAUACUCAUAAAAAUAAGUGCGAGUCAUUCUCCUGCUGUGAUUUUAACAAUGGAAGCACAUGAGUGGAAGGGUACGACUUUGUCUUACUUGGUUCAAACCCGUUUUCAGCUGACCUGAUUUAGUCUCUUCUGCACAAUGUCUGCUCAACUAUCGCUAAAGAGCUGUGACAAGUUCCUUUUAAAAUGCACCUAUUUCAGAACUGUAGAUUAUUUAACUUCGUAAACUGUGAAUGAAUGUAUGCAAGUAACAUGUAUCACUGACUCUAUUAAAUACCAGUUGCUUAUUGACUUCUUUCAAGUCUGAGUUGCAUGCUCACUGUUUUUAGUAAAACUCAAGCAUUGUACUUAUGAAUGUAGUGGACAACUUGCAUUGCUAUAUAUAUUUUUUUUUUUACAAUGGAAGAUUAAGAUCUUAAUUAAGUAAAAAUAUUUUAGUAACUGCUAUUAAACUGUGUUCUGUUGCUAAGAUUGCCAGAACUUACCUUUGUGGCAAUAAAGUGUCUGUAAGCAAAUAUAUCAAAGUUUAAUAUACACUUGCAGUAAAUGGCAUAGAAGAAUGUGGACUAGAAGCAGGAUUACUUUGCAUAGAAAACUUUUUAUAUGUCAUAUAUUUGCAUUUGUAAUGUACAGCAUUGUAGCUGUGAUUUGCUUUCAAAAAGCAAUUUCAGGUGUAACUAGUAUUGCUGCUUCUCGAUAAAAUGUGGUGCUCUUUUUUGGAAGAGCACUGUGCUGACUUUGCUUUCUGGUUCGUUUGUUUGUUUGUUUUCUUUACAGUGCCAUUUGUUACGAUGUUUUCCCAGAAAAUGUAACCCCUGCCUGAAGAGCUUACAAGCUUAGGACCAAAUUUUACUCUUCUAUCCGCCUGCCUUCAGCCCAAGCCUAAGGAGGGCAUAAUAAAAAAGUAAAAUUAAAAAAAAAAAAAAAAGUGACUCUACGGUCACUAUGCAGAGUAUAUAUUAAGUAAAAACAAAAAAUGGGAGUGAUUCAGAGUUCCCAGGCCUGCGUGUGCACUGUCGCUGAAUUUUUAGCUACCUACACUGACUUAAAAACGGGUUAUAUGCCUUUAAUGUUCCCUUCACCCAAAGGGAGACUCAUCUGUGCAAGUGAAAUGUGCUCCAGUUGAAAGACAGGAAGACCUUGUCAGGCUGUAGUGCAGAUGUGGCCAGUUGAAUUUGGGGUUCAGGAUGGCCAAAGGGAACCCAUGUUAGAAGUGAUGCAUGGGAGAGUAGAGUUGCCUCUUUUUUUUCUUCCUUUUGUGACCCUCCUUCCCCAAAGCAUGAUUGAGAGAAUAGACUGUUAAGAUUACUUUCUAAAUUUAAAUCUUCAUUUGGCCAUCGUUCUCCAUCCUUUUGCUUUAAUAACAAACAAUAUAUCCUGGAAUUAUGGAGAAAUAUUUAAAAACUAUCCUUAGUUCGUACUAAGUGGCUUUGAAGGCAGCUUAACCACUUAUGCUUAUGUCUUGGCUUCACCUGGUGCACCAAUACUUCCUCGACUACCUGAUAGUUCUACUCUUACUGGUGCUGUAAAAAUAUCUCCCUUAGAAGCCUUGCAAAUAGCAGUUACCACCCACAAGCUAAGAAACCAAGUGUAUGAAGAAGUAAAAAUAUAUUUAUUGUAGUCAUUUCAGAAUUGCUAGUCUGAAUAGAGAAAUGUUUUGGCUGGAAAUAUGUCUUUGAUGGCCUUUUCUUGUGGCCAUCACUUCAAUAAAAUUCAUCUUUAUUCAA